AUGACCACAUUAGCGGAGCGUUUCCACAACAUGCUGUCUGUUAUAACAGCCGCUAUUACCAUAACAAUUGGCUCAGUGUACGCCUUCGACGGUUGCUAUAAUUUGGGCGAUGUGGUACAGCCAAAAAAAAAUUUAAGCGUGUCAGAGGCUUUCCAGGCUUAUAAAAUAGUGCCAGACUACAUACUUACCGCUCCGGAGGAUUUGUUGGUGGCGGGAUACGUGGAUGUGGACAUACGUCUUGGCACUAAAUUCUCUCCUAUAAGAACCAUUGGCGCUGUUUACCUUCGAUAUCCAAAUGGGAAAGAGAAAGAAAUGUAUACAGUGAUGCUGUUGGACAUCGACAUAUCAACGGACAUGGGUCCAGCUUACAUACAUGGUAUGUUCUUGAAUAGCCCUGCAAAUAACCUGCUGCAAGGGGAUGAGAUUGUGCCUUAUGUUCCUGUUUCUCCUACGCCUGGCUCCGGAUACCAUCGAUAUACAGGCUUGGUUGGCUCGUGA